UCAUCGUCUCGCUGACGUUUGAACACCUUCACGAGGACGAGAAGGCGUGGAAGUGCGCCGUGACACGACGGAGAGCAAAAGAGACGUUACGCAAGAGUGAGGAGGCGCGAGAAGAAGAGGAGCGCGUGUCCAGGGCGGAUGUGCGGCGCUGAACCUUCAAAAUAAAACACGGGACACUCGCGUCCAUUAGGUCAAAAGCGGAUCCACUCCAAUAAGCGUACACAGCGCCGUGACGUAUUCUGUUUCGUAUUCGUAUUCAAAUGGCGACAUUAUUAGACCGUCUGCUAUCUAAUGGAACAGCAUUUAAUUUCCGAUGGCACCCCUGACGACCUCUCACCCCGGUUGGGAAUCACAGCGUCGGUUUGUAUGCACGACCUUUAUACUGAAAGGUCGGGGGGAAGCGCGAUCUUUUUGAUGUGAGCUUUCCCACAGCCCAAUCUCGCAGCAGCCAUCAGAUCAUCAGCGUCAAGUAGAGGACCAAGUUACGGUCAAAGUUUCGGAGCUCGUCGAUCAUUGACGGGAGCAGCCAGUGGGCGAUCGGAUCUUUUAUGUUAUUUGAGCAGUUGCUGCUUUUGCUUUGCAGCAACUGCUCUCGCCCUUUUCGCGGGCAGGCAGCGGAAGUGUGAGAAGUGGGGAAGUUGUUCGGGGAUGUAGCGGUGCGGCGGUGCGGCGGUGCGGGUUGGGGAGCGAGAAGAAGGGCAACAAACUCGGGAGGAUUCGCUGUUCAAAUUGGAGACCCUGGAGGCCGGGGGCAUGGACGCCCACGUUAAGGAGGGACGACUUUACGUGCAGCAUCAAAAGUUUGGCAAGAAAUGGAAGAAGAACUGGUUCGUCCUCUACCCGAACAGCCAAAACGGCAUCGCCCGCCUCGAGUUCUUCGACUCGUCCGGGUCGGGAGGCGCGGUUGGCGGCUCGGGUGCAAAUUCCAACGAGAAGACCAGAAAGCUCGACAAGAAGAUUAUCCGCUUGUCCGAGUGCAUCUCCAUUCUGCCGGCGCUGACGGAGAACUGUCCCAAAGACAACAUGGCGGCGUUCUGCGUGGAGACCAACGACAAGACCCACGUGUUUGCCACUGAGAAGAAUGCCGCCAAGGAGUGGAUGGAUACCAUGUGCGACAUUGCCUUUCAGGGUGGCAGCGGUGGCAGCGGUGGCAAUGGGGAAUCUGACGGGGAGUCUCAAGACCUGAAGAUGUCAGAGAACCUCAUCUAUUACUCUCGAGAGAACGCGAACGAGUUCUGGGUGAGCGUUCAGCGAACGGAGGCUUCGGACCGCUGCGGGCUGGCAGGCAACUACUGGCUGAAAGCUGAACGCGACGCCCUGGUCUUGAGGGAGCCCAAAACGAAGAGCAACGUCUUUGUCUGGCCGUACAAGCUGCUGAGGAGAUAUGGACGAGACCGGGUGAUGUUUUCCUUCGAGUCCGGGCGCCGCUGUGACUCAGGCCCCGGUAACUUCACCUUUGACACCAAGCAAGGCAAUGAGGUCUUCACGCUCGUGGACCGGGCCAUCAAGUCCCAGAAGGCCCUGGCCGAGGAGCGUCCCCUCAGCUGCCCCGUCUACUUCGACCCAGAGUGCCCGCCAUCUCUGCAGCACGUGCGCAACGCCGGCGUCGCGGCGCCCGGAAGCGGGGACAGCAGCAGCUGCAGCAGCUGGGAGGCUGACGGCGAUUCGGGUGGCAGCAAGCCGGGCUCCGCCGACGGUGUGCUCGGGAAGAGGGAGGGAGGAGACGGAGGAGGAGGGGCAAGAAGGCACGCAAGCGGCGGUGCCGAUAAACACAAAGGGAGGAGUUUGCCGGAACUGCCGGCCAUACUGGGGGCUUCGAGCGGAGGACACACGCCUCCGCGGUCUCCGAGAGGCCAGGGCGUGGCGAAGCGUCCUUCCGCGCCCGACGAACAAGCCGCUCUUUAUUCAGAGCCGAUCGACGCCGUCCGUCUGCCUCUGCACGCGGCCGACGGCCUCUACUCUGACCCGGUGGACGUCCUUGCAUCCGCGCCACUAGUGCACCCCCCUCGCCUGCGACCGGUGGGUGACGAGUCUUCCGGAGGCGGGGCUCAAAUGGAGCAUCGCCACAGGAAAGCCCAGGACCUAUAUUCCCACGUGUACGACCGCAUCAGCCUGGAACUGAGCCAGAAGACCAGCGCAUUGAGUCUGAAUGGGGCCGGGAGGUGUGGAGGCAGCAAGCGAACCCCCGGCGGGCAAGCGGAGGGAGCUCUGUCGCCCCCUCUCACUUCUCUGGAGCACAUCUACGACGAACCGGAGGGUUUUGCCAAAGGGAUUUCGAACUCCGCCAACACGUCGGGGACGAGUAUUUACAACGAAGCCCGUUUGGAGCCUCGCAGCCAGAAGAGGCAGGAGGAGGUGGCUUCCCUGUCAGGACCCGAGGGAAAUUAUAGCACCCCCACCCAUGGAAAGUCUUCAGAGUCCCACAAGUAUUCUCCCCUGAACCGCGGAGGACAACCUCCGCCGGCUCCAAAGUGGCCCAAACCGGUCACCGCUCCCAAACCCAGCAGGGGCAAUUUGGCUCGGAAGGGGCCCGUGCCGUCGCCUCCGGGGAAACACGGCGAGCCGGUCGAUAAUGUCAACAACAACAACAACAACGUUAGGGCCAGCGAGGGCCGAGGCGACGGGGAGCUGUACAGCAAAGUCUCAAAACCUUGCAAGUUGUGGCCAAGUCGGUCCAAAGCGACACCAGUGAGCUCGCCUGAUAUUAUCUAUGACAACUUGGGAAACAUUUGACUGUUGCCUUUGCGAGGAUCUGAGUGCUCAAAAGGAUAGCUCUAUAUUUUGCAAAAGCAUUCUUUUCGUUGGCGUUUAUCCACCCAACGGAGACCUGCGAGGUGGUGAGAGCGCUCUGGACUGCGGCGAAGCAAGCCACGGUGCGGUUAUACUUCAGAUGGCACAACGAGCCAUCCCAAAGAGUGGCUUGGCUCUUUUCUCCGCAAAAUGAGACCAGAAGAUUUUCCUUUAAUAGCAGAGGUGCUUACUUGUUGGGCUCCAUAUGGUGGAAACCCUUUCCCAGGUGCCACGCGUUGCAAACUCAAGGCCUCAACUCGGGUCAAGGAAAUAGACAUGAAGGGCUCGCGUGUCUGUUCAACUGCAAGGGCAAGUCGACUCAUUGUUUCAUUAUUGGCCACAUAAGAGACUUUGCAACUACCUGCAAUAUAUGUGUAAAUGUAAGAAACAGCUGGGCUGUCUAGAAGUAUAACUAACAAUAAACAAUAUCUUGAAAAGA